AUGACUGAACCAACGGCCACAGUCGAUAACUCAGCAGCUACAGGAGCUGCUAAGCAGACGAAGCCUGCUGCGGAGGCUGGACUAACAACCCUGGAACGAGUGCAUCUUCCUCGUAUCUCUAUCAAAUUCUGUACGCAGUGUCGGUGGAUGUUGCGGGCUGCUUAUUUCGCCCAAGAACUUCUCUCAACUUUUGGUACCGACCUCGGCGAAGUAGCACUUGUUCCUAUGACAGGUGGAGUCUUUACAGUGACGAUCUGGCAUGCUGAAAAAGCGACAGUAGCAGAUGGAGGGGAGGUCAAGACGCAAGAACUUAUUCUGUGGGAUCGGAAGAGGGAUGGGGGAUUCCCGGAGGUCAAGGCUCUUAAGUCUCUUGUGAGGAAUGUUAUUGCCCCCGACAGAGAUCUCGGGCACACAGAUCGGGCUUUGAAGCAGCAGGCAGAGAAGAAGGAAGGAGAGAAGGAGAAGAAUGAAGAGCAGGAUGCCGGGGAGAAGAAAGAGAAAUGUGAGGACUGCGUGUGA